AUUAAUAUGUCAAAUUCUGGAGUGUCAUGUGUCAUGAACAAUGAACAUCUCUCAAAGAAUUUAUCAACAAAUUAUGUUCUCAGUAAACAGAUUUCUUAAAGUAAUUGUAGUUAAUACAAGUAUGUUAGACACUAACUCAAUAUGAAACUCAUAUCGCAAGACGUCGAUAAAAAUGGUGAGGGCACUGUUGCUCUCAUCCCAGAAGAGCCAGAAGAUAUGUGGCAUGCUUACAAUCUUAUUUCUGAAGGAGAUUCCGUAAAAAGCACUACAAUCAGAAAAGUUCAAUCUGAGUCUUCAACUGGUUCCUCCACAUCUAGUAGAGUUCGAACAACAUUAACAAUAUCAGUGGAAAAUAUAGAUUUUGAUACUCAGGCAUGUAUGUUAAGAUUAAAAGGAAGAAACAUCGAAGAAAAUCAAUAUGUUAAGAUGGGAGCAUACCACACCUUAGAUCUGGAACUUAAUAGGAAAUUUUCACUCAGAAAACCAGAAUGGGAUUCUGUUUCACUAGAGCGUAUAGAUAUGGCAUGCGAUCCAACAAAAAGUGCAGAUGUUGCUGCUGUGAUCAUGCAAGAGGGACUUGCUCAUGUAUGUCUGAUAACAUCCAGUAUGACUCUUGUACGAGCUAAAAUUGAUGUUAAUAUUCCUAGAAAAAGGAAAGGAUUUGUGCAGCAACAUGAAAAGGGUUUGGCUAAAUUUUAUGACACUGUGAUGCAAGCCAUUCUAAGACACAUUAACUUCGAUAUUGUUAAAUGUAUACUAGUUGCAUCUCCUGGAUUUGUUAAAGAUCAGUUUUAUGAAUACAUGUUUCAAACUGCAGUUAAAACAGACAAUAAAAUUUUGCUAGAAAAUAAGUCAAAAUUUAUGCUAAUUCAUUCUUCUUCGGGUUUUAAACAUUCUCUACAAGAAAUACUACAAGAUCCAUCUGUUAUAAACAAAAUAUCUGACACAAAAGCUGCUGGUGAGGUAAAAAUCUUGGAAAACUUUUACACGAUGCUUCAAUGUGAACCAGCCAAGGCGUUUUAUGGUAAAAAACAUGUCGAAAAAGCAAAUUCGGAACAGGCUAUUGAAACUUUGCUUAUAUCAGACAAUUUGUUUAGAUGUCAAGAUGUUAAACUGCGAAAGGAAUAUGUUAAUUUGGUGGAUUCUGUCAGAGAAUCAGGUGGGGAUGUCAAAAUAUUUUCCAGUCUUCAUAUUUCAGGAGAACAGCUAGAGCAGUUAACUGGUGUUGCGGCUAUUUUGCGAUUUCCAAUGCCAGAAUUGGAAGAAGACAGCGACGAUGAAAAUUAGUAUUAAGAAUAUGUUAUUAGUUUUAUUAUCAAUUAAGGGAUAAUAAGAACAAUCGUGAGUUUUAAUUAAUUUUUGCCAUGGGGACAGUCAGGAAAUGCCAAAAUUCAUCAAUCCAAAGUAUACUUUAGUUAACUUGAAAUUUAAUUGGGACAUGGUACAGCUGCGGUCACUGAAUAGCUUACGCUUUAAUUUUUACAUUUUUACAAUUUGCUGAAUGUCAAAAUACUGGUAAAAAAUUUCGCGCGUAUUAAAAAAAUAAGAUAUUAAUUGUGUUGACUUCCUUAUUUUCGUUAUUAAGACCAUAAUCCAUUUUAUUAAAAAAAAACUUCUUUCUCUAUAAUUUCCAUUUUUAUAUUUUUUUCCGUUAGAUUUUGUAAAAUAGAUUUUUAUUUUUAAUUUGAAUCUAUCUAUUCUGGGUCCACCACUGGUAACCUCACUUUGACUUAAAAUGUGCGUUUAAACGGGGUAAUUAUUAAAAAAAGGGUUAUCAGAUACUAAUACGUAUAGAUGUAAACUAUUCAAUGGCCUCAGCUGCAUAUACAUUUUGUCAUUGUUUAUUGCUUUGAAGCUAAGGUGUAUUUAUGAUAGUAAAAUGCUAAAUCAUGUAUUUUUGAUUUUGUAUUUCAUUAUGUUAUUCAAGUAAUUCAUCAAGUAAACUUUAUUUGAAAACUUUUUCCUUGAUGGUCUUGUAUUAUGAAUCAAUAAGAGCAAUUUAGCUCUUAAGACAAUUUAGUUCAUACUUGUUUUAUUUUGUAUCUAUUUCUUAAACGUAAUUAAUUGUUAUUUUUUGUAAACAACUAUUGUGUAUAUUAUAUAAGCGAGGAAUGUAAAAUCAAAUAUAAUGUACAUAAUAUAUUAUUUAUUUAUAAUAAUAUUUUUAAUUAAAAAUUACAUUGUGAAA